UCCGCACAGUACCGAGCUCGAGUCGUCUCGCCCAAGUACAGACCUGUCCUGCUCUAAGACCCACUCCACGCAAAGAUGAGACCGUCCGGCGGAGUCCUGUACCUGCUCCUGGCGCUCACCGUGGUCCGUGCCGCGCCCGUCCACCCGCUAGCGAGACGGUCUGUUUUCACUAACUACAAGCUCCAGUGGGAUCACAUAGGUUAUCCAGUGGUCACUUUGGACUUGAUAAACGGUGACCUAUCAGGUGGGACAAUUCUUCGUACUGACGUCAUUGGAAGCAGAAAUGACGACCCCGCUGACGUCACCUCUCCAGGUACCGGUGAUGCUGACCCUGGCGGAGCAUCUACCAACUCCGUGACCUUUUCAUGAAGCAACUCAAGUAGGACCCGGCCAAGGUGAUCGGGCCAGACCACUAAGGAUCUUAGAGGCUGUGUUAUGGUUGAAGACGUAUUUCUCUUCUUUUCUGACGACAUAGGUCGGUUAGCAAGUUUAAAAUUAUUAGCCUAAAGUCACAAUGGCUGAAUUAGUUGUAGGGUCUUUCUUUAAAUCAGGUGUGGACUUUUGGGUCUACUUUUGAUCUUUUACCACUCAGUAGCUUUAUAGGAAUGUAAAACAGUACAAUUGGACUAAUGCAAACAGUCAGCAAUAACAGCAAAGUCAGCCUAUUAAUAGCCCUUUUGUACGAACGAACGCCAAACGCUUUGGUCAGUUUUAUAAGGUAAUGUAGCAUCCAUGCAUAUAUAUGUAAUACCAACUUUACACUGCUAUAUUAGAACAGUUCAGAAUGUGUUACAGAAUAGUCCAUUUCCUUACGUAAAACUCUUUAAACCUAUAUUCUCCAUCAACCAAGUGCAAAUUGAAAGCCGGUAAUCAUCGUAGCUUCGGUUAGGAGCGCCUCCUUGCGGAUCAUUUUAGCAAUGGCAGCUAUCUUGUGUGUUUAGUGAAUCAUGACUCGGUGUCUCUUCUCUGUUCUGUUGAGGAUUUUGGCUUCACGUGUAUGUUGAGAGAGGUGUAUACAAUAAAGAAAUAGUAAAGAGUAA